CACCAUGCCCAGUGACAAGUAGGAGGGAAAAGGGGUCAGGAGAGAAGUCACUUUUCCGACAGCAGCUGGAAGGUUAUUAUUAUUACUUUUUGGAAGAAGAUGGCAGAAGAACAACCCCCGGCCCUAACAGAGGAGCAACAAGAAGUCUCAAGUCUACCAUCAUCAGAAGCCGCAGGGGACAAUCAAACAAGUGCAAAGGAAGAUGGGAUACAAGAAGGUCAUACAACUCCUGAGAAAAUAUUAGAAGGCAAGACUGAGAAAGAUACUGUGCGAGAUGAUGGAUUGGAUGGGGAGCACCAAAGAGAUGGACAGACCGAAGCAAAAGAAGGAGAAGAGGUAACGGAAGAAGGAGACGGAGGAGGAGAUACAGUAACAUCUGGUGGAGAUGUGACAGAAGAUUCAGUGACUUCAGAUGGAGAAAAAGCAAGCCCAGGAGCAAACAAAGAAAGCUCCUCCACCCAAGAGGAAAGUGCUGAUGACUUUUCUGGCCACAAAGAAGAAAAAUCUGAAGCCUCAGCCAGUAGCCCGGAGGUAGCCGCUGCCACUGAUGUCGAUGGUAAAAGUGAGGAAGAGCAGGCUCAACCAAGUGCCAAAGACCAUGCAGAUAAAGUAGACAAGAGCAAGUCUGCAGCCAGUUCUGUAAAGGGUGGCGCUGCUACAACCCCGGGUAAAGAGGCCGCUGGUGAAAAAGAGCAACGGGAUCGAAAAUCUGAUAUACCCCGGGCUAAGACCAUGCCAAAAUCAUAUGGAAGAGCCACAAAGAAAGACAUUGCGGAAAAAUUCGGAGGUGUCGCCACUUCAGGGAUUCGUGUGCAGCGGUCGACUAGCUGUGGUGCAAAUGCUGUAAAGAACAUGCUGCUAGAAUGGUGCCGGGCAAAGACACGGGGGCGGGAGGGAGUGGAGAUCCAGAAUUUCUCGAGCAGUUGGAGCAGCGGCCUGGCCUUCUGUGCCCUCAUUGUGGCUUUCUUCCCUGAUGCUUUCGAUUACGAUUCUCUUGACCCAAAGAACAGAAGACAGAACUUCCAGCUGGCGUUCAAUGCAGCAGAGAAAUUUGCAGACUGCCCCCCACUUCUGGAUGUUGAAGACAUGGUUCGAAUGAAGGUCCCAGACUCUAAAUGUGUAUACACGUAUGUGCAAGAGUUAUACCGCAGUCUGGUGGCUAAAGGUUUAGUAAAAACCAAGAAAGCAUGAGUUUACCAAAGACGCACAAAUGCAGAGAAGAUUUCCUGAGCACGGAUCUUCCAACGAGAAGUCACUUUAAAUUCGACCUGAUCACUUACCAAGGUGUCAGUUUGCCUCCAUUCUGUCCUUGAGAAAAGGACACAAAGUACAAAGAGAUGAUUUUAUUUUUAAAUAAAUAUCUUAUGGUUA